UGUGUGCAGUUCGGGUCGGCGAGGGAGUGCGCGUCACUUAUCCCGUGGGAAAGUUUGCGUCUCUAUUUAUAACUUUAGAAAAGGAGUCGGCCGAUGUUCAAUUCAUGAUUUCUUGGAGUGUUUCGCUUAUCAGUGGAUAAGAUUGAGAUAUAAACAAGUGCUCUUGAGUUACUUGUAAAUAUGCUAUAUUUUUUAAUGUAGUUUUGCAAAGAAAAAAAGAUGUGUUAUCGCAAGUUACUGCCAUACGUGUAGCUCCGUCGUUUCAUUAAUAAUAAACAUUUCGGGAUGCCGAGCUUGACCCUCCGACACGUGGUGAAGGCGCUGAUGAUGCUGGCACUCUCAGCUGUGUCAGUGGACGGCGGGACGGAGGCGGAGAUCCUGGAGGCGUUGGACGAGGCGGCGGCGGAGGGCGCGUGGGGCUACGUCCCUCUGAGCGGCCCCUACAUCGACCCACAGCACUCGGGGAACGUCACGGCGCAGGUGGGGGCGACGGCCGUGCUCAACUGCCGCAUCCUGUACAUCGUCGGCAAAACGGUGUCUUGGAUGCGCACGCGAGACCUCCACCUGCUGACGGUGGGUCGGUUCACGUACACGAGCGACCAGCGGUUCAAGGCGGUCCACCAGAGCGGUUCGCAGGACUGGCUGCUCAAGAUUCACUACGUGCAAGACCGCGACGCCGGCCCUUACGAGUGCCAGGUGUCGACCACGGAGCCGCUCACGCAUACUGUGUGGCUCUCCGUUGUGGAGCCGCAGACGACCGUGUUCGGCGGCCCCGACCUGUACAUCAACGCCGGGUCGGCCAUCAACCUGACCUGCCUCGUCAAGUACAGCCCCGAACCGCCUCCCUACAUCUUCUGGUACCACGACGAGGAGCUGCUGAGCUACGACAACGAGCGCGGGGACGUGACGGUGCUGACGGAGCAGGGCCACGACACCAUCUCCCGGCUCCUGAUCCAGCACGCGGCGCCCAAGGACUCGGGGAAGUACAGUUGCUCCCCGGCCACCGCUCCCCCGCACGCCAUCAAUGUGCAUGUCAUUAGCAGCGAGGAACCGGCCGCGAUCCACCACAAGAACACGACCUCGAACUCCUCUGAGGGCGGCGGGUCCAGCCAUGCCCACACCGGGCCCCUGCAGGUGUUUCUAGUGAGCUUGAUCCCCGUGCUAGGACCAGGAGGCGCAGGAGGAGGUGCCCAGGACCUCGUCGACGCCGUGGGCAGGGCGGUCACCUGCUGGCGGGCGUGGUGGCAGGGAUGGGCGGCACUCAGGAGGCUCCGGGGCGCCAGCAUAGGCGGACUGUUCCUUAGAUAAACGCGGCAAGACUGAAUGAAGUGAGAAAAAUUGGUGAAGAAGGAGAGCUCCGAAGCGUGAGUCGUGGUUAAGCGCCGGGCCGGAAAGAUAACAUGUCGGCGACGUGUUUGUGUGUGCGUAUAUGGCUCUCGAGUGUCGCAGAAAGGGUCUAGGAAAUCACUUUUUUUCUGUAAAUAUGUAGAUUUUUUAUAUUUACGUACCCGGUCUCUCGCUCCUUUGACGGUGAGCAUUGUGAGACUGAAUCCGCCACCGCACAAGCACGCCAAAGUGCGGUAGAAAACACCACGAGGUUCAAAGCUUCACGAUGAGCUUUCAAAAGCCUGAUGGUGAAAGAAAAGAAAAGAAAAGGAAGAAAAUAAACAAUAGAAAUCCCAUGAAAAGAAAAAAAAUCUAGCUCGAGUGCCCAACCCCGGAGCCGAUUCAAGGGGCCGCUCAGCCACACUAGCCGUAAGGGUGUUCUCGCUAUGCCGCGACGGUGUAAUUUCGCCCUUAAGGCUGAUGGUCGCUCAAGCCUUAACCUCUGGGUCACUGUCUCGCGUCCUCACAGUCUGUUGAGGAAUCUCAAUGAGAAGAAAUAUAUACAUAUGAAUAUAUUUUAUUGUAGUUAGAUGUUGAUGUAAAAUUAUAUAGUUAAUCCAAAAUAGUAUUUUAAAAACUACUUAAAAAAAAACUUGAAAAAUUUAAAUGAGAAGAAAAAAUUACACGAGGAAUUAAGGAAUGUCUUCCUGGAACAACAACUUCCGAAGCAGUUGACAAUCUUGAAUAUUAUUAUGACAACAUUUUCUUGUUUUGCUUGUCUUUUUUUUCUUGUUUUGUUUUUCGAGGUAACCGUAUACACGCUUAAAACGCAGACACACACACCAAGAAGAUGCACAUACACAAAACUGCACAUGAACAAACACAUACAUCUACACAGCAAACACAAAUAAUUUGAAUACGUCUUCGUAUUAGCUUUCUCUCUUUCUUCCUCUUCCUCUCUCUUUCUUUCCGUGAGCGACAUUGCAUUAAUAUGGUUUACCCGUGUCUUGAAUAAACAAGAAAAUAUCUCAAAGUAACAAAGAAUAAAUACAGCGGCUGUUGUUCUCUGUCUCAGGAAGACUUUCCAAUGAAGACGCCUGUUUCGUGACGUAAUUGUAUUCAAGGCGAAGAAAAACAAAAUCGUGCAUUCUGACCAGACAUUUCAUGAGAUAAGGCUGUUAAAUAUGUUAAUUUCGGUGAGUUUACUGUGGUAAAAGUGGAGGAAGAUGCAGUAAAAUAUGUUAAUUUAUUUAGGUAUUAUUAUGUUUAUUUCUGUGCAUCAUGUAGGAAUACAUAAUUGUCAAUAUAGUUAAGACAAGAAAAUGUGUUUUGUAAUGUAUUUUCGGGUGAGAUAAAAAAAAAAUGUGUAGAUAUUAAAUGUUUUCCUCAUUUCUGUCUUACUGUAGUUAUAGUUUAUCACUUUCUUUUUACAGAAACCCUGAUAAGGCAAGUCUUCUUUUUUAUGUAAUGAAGCACAGACAAAAAAAAAAAUCAUUUAUUAUAACUAUUAUCUAAACAAUUACAGGUAACUCCUUCUUUCAUCUAAUAACACUCGUCCUCCUAUUCCAUUUAAAAAUCUCCAGAUAAUCAUGAUCUCUCUUCUUCAUGAAAUACCAAAUAUAUUAUGUUAAAAGCACUCAAGUUAUAUUAAUUUUCGAUUCUGUGACGAACGAAAAGAGCUAAAUGUAUGAUUUUGUUGAAUAUAAAAUAAGAUGUUGAAAUAGGAAUAUCAUUCGCAUUUCUUAUAAAUAAAUGUCAUUUUUUUAUAUCUGUUUGCAAUACUACAUCGGGAAUAGAUGAUAAUUUGUAUAUUAUAAGUUUUUUUAUUUCUUUAUAACUAAGUGAACAAACUGUUCUUAAUUUCUUUCCAUUUCCGUAACUAUAUAUAUAUAUGUGUGUGUGUGUGUGUGUGUGUGUGUGUGUGUGUAUGUGUGUGUGUGUGUGUGUGUUUGUGUGUGUGUGUGUGUGUGUGUGUGUGUGUGUGUGUGUGUGUGUGUGUGUGUGUGUGUGUGUGUGUGUGUGUGUGUGUGUGUGGUGAAAGAGAACACGCACGCACGCACACGCACACACACACACAAACAUACACACACACAAACACACACACACACACACACACACACACACACACACACACACACACACACACACACACACACACACACACAUAAAUGAACAGACAAACAAACACAUAUAUACAUAAGCACACACAUAUACAAACAAACUCACACACUCACGCACCCACAAAGAAACGAACAAGAUAUCCAAGCCUAAUGUCCAUUCUACCUCAUUCUUGCAUUUCUUGCCACAAAGAACUUACGAGUCGAUCAAGAGGAGAAAAUAAAACGAGAAUCGAAGAACGGCAGAAAGAAAUAUCAGUGAACGCCGUGUAAGACGGACGAUACAGAUCCAAAGAAGGAAAAAUAAAUAAAUCUCGUUCCGCCAGAAACGGACUGAGACGAAGCUUCGUGAGACAGAAAAAUUGUUCAGAAAAGACAGCUUCACGAUGCGAGGCUUCGUUUUGUACAUAAACUGUGUGUCAACUUCAGCUCUACCUUCCUAGGGGUAAUCCCCAACGGGUAACUGAAUCUGUCAGGAAUGUAGAUGUGUUGUAUUAUAUAUAUGUAAAAAAAAAUAAUCGAUGAAUUUCCGAUAUUUUGUUAUGAACCGAACACAUGGUGGUGCAGAUCCCCCCCACCCCCUCCCCUCCGUUUUCCCUGUAAGUGAAAUUCUAGCAAAACUGGUCAGAUAUAAGGCUUGAUUGUUAUUGACAAUCCAGCUCGGACGAAUGCGAGAGGCUCAGCGUUCAAGUGAAUAAACUGUAGAUAUUGUUUCUUGUCGGGAUCGUGUGUUGAAGAUGUUGAGAUGUUGGACAACUUGAGGCAGAUCUCACGGGCAGCAAUAUUAAUCCAUUCUGUAAGUGACAGCCGGUAUGUAAACCUAAAUGUGGAUAACUAUACGUUGAUAUGGCUGUCAAACAUCACAGUUAAAAAAGGAGUUGCCAUAAGUGGAAGAGGUUAUAAAGGCUAAAAUCAUGAGUGGCGAGCAUAUGAAAUUUGUUCAUUUUUAAGAACAAAAAAGAUUAUUUUUUUCUUUUCAUCUGUAUGAUAACUACACAACAUUGUGACUACUAUCUCUAAUCUGUGUCGAAAAGUGCAUGUGUUCAUAAGUAAUACAUAUAAAUUCCCAACUUAUAAUUUUGUUUCCAUUUAGACCAAAAAAAAAAAAAGUUAAAAUGUACAAGUCAAAUAUUGUAA